GGUGGACUCCGGGCGCGGGCGCAUGCGCGCUGUGGGCGCUGGUGCGGGACAGCUGGAGCCGGCGGCGGCGGUGGAGGGGCCGGUGGCGCCGGCCGCGGCGGCCGGGAGCGAGCCGGAGUGCAGGGAGCCGCAGCAGCCGGCGCCCCAACAGGGAAGGAACCUGAAGAAUCCCGGCUGCCCAGUGACCCUUCUUCACUUUUGGAAAUGGCCGGUGAAAUCACAGAGACUGGGGAGCUCUAUUCUCCCUACGUGGGGCUGGUGUACAUGUUCAACCUCAUCGUGGGCACAGGUGCACUCACCAUGCCCAAGGCCUUUGCCACCGCAGGGUGGCUGGUCAGCCUGGUCCUGCUGGUGUUCCUGGGCUUCAUGAGCUUCGUGACGACUACCUUCGUGGUAGAGGCCAUGGCGGCAGCCAACGCUCAGCUCCACUGGAAGAGGAUGGAAAACCACCAGGAGGAGGAAGAUGACGACUCUUCCACGGCCUCUGACAGUGAUGUCCUUGUCCAGGACAACUAUGAGCGAGCAGAGAAACGGCCCAUCCUGUCAGUGCAGAGACGUGGAUCUCUGAACCUUUUUGAAAUCACAGACCGGGUGGAAAUGGGACAGAUGGCCUCCAUGUUCUUCAAUAAAGUGGGGGUCAACUUGUUCUAUUUCUGCAUCAUCACGUACCUGUACGGGGAUUUGGCCAUCUACGCUGCCGCCGUGCCCUUCUCCCUGAUGCAGGUGACCUGCAGCGCCACUAGUAACGAAUCCUGUGGUGUGGAGGCCGACAGCAAGCACAACGACACGGACCCGUGCUGGGGGCCCCUGCGCCGUGUGGACGCCUACCGCAUCUACCUGGCUGUCUUCACUCUCCUCCUUGGACCCUUCACCUUCUUCGACGUCCAGAAAACCAAGUACCUGCAGAUCCUGACCUCCCUGAUGAGAUGGGUUGCUUUCGCCAUCAUGAUCGUGCUGGCGCUGGUGCGCAUCGGGCACGGGCACCGGGAGGGGCACCCGCCCCUGGCUGACCUCUCCGGGGUCCGGAACCUGUUUGGCGUGUGCGUCUACUCCUUCAUGUGCCAGCACUCUCUGCCGUCUCUCGUCACGCCCGUGUCCUCCAAGCGCCGCCUCACGUGCCUGGUCUUCCUGGACUACGUGCUCAUCCUCGCCUUCUACGGCCUCCUCUGCUUCACGGCCAUCUUCUGCUUCCGCGGCGACAGCCUCAUGGACAUGUACACCCUCAACUUCGCGCGCUGUGACGUCGUGAGCUCGGCCGCUGUGCGCCUCUUCCUGGGCCUCUUCCCCGUCUUCACCAUCAGCACCAACUUCCCCAUCAUCGCCGUGACCCUCCGCAACAACUGGAAGACGCUCUUCCACCGCGAGGGGGGCACGUACCCCUGGGUCGUGGACCGCGUGGUGUUCCCCACCAUCACCCUGCUGCCCCCGGUGCUGGUGGCCUUCUGCACCCAUGAUCUGGAGUCCCUGGUGGGCAUCACGGGGGCCUACGCGGGCACGGGCAUCCAGUACGUCAUCCCCGCCUUCCUGGUCUAUCACUGCCGCAAGGACACCCAGUUGACCUUGGGCUACGGGACGGUCAACAAGCAUAGGUCCCCUUUCCGCCACACCUUCUGGGUGGGCUUUGUGCUGCUCUGGGCUUUCUCCUGCUUCUUUUUCGUCACCGCCAACAUCGUCCUCAGCGAGACCAAGGCUUGAUGGCGGGAUGUGUCUGCUGGUAAGAGAGGUGGGGGCUCCCAUCUGGCGCCCCCGCUCACCUUCCCCCCUGCAGAGCCAAGAGCCAGCUCCUUGCCAGGGUUCCUUGAGGCAGGCGAGGCCAGACUCUCGGAGGGGACCCUCCACAUCUCCGGCUGGGGGGUCUUCUCCCCCCACAAACAGGAUUCUGCGCAGUCUGUGCUGCGCCUCACUCGCCAGGUGACCCUUCCCCCGGGUCCCCCCUGCGUGGAGCUGGCCCCAGCCCGCCGAGCUGUGCGGCCUGGGCACACGAAUGCCCCAGACUCCACUCUGGGCCACGGCUCUACGCACAGCCCGUACCAGACAAUCACCAGGCAGGCUCCUCCACCGCCGGUGGGGACAGUGCUGGCACUGCCACUGUUUAUACCAGACACCACGUCCCCUCCCUUGUCCCAGCCCCUCGUGCAUCCUUGUCUGGGGAAUCUGCUCCACUCGUAGCCCCUGCCUCAGAGCCACUCCCAGGCCCUCACGCUGCUCCCCACGGGGAUUGCCAGGGACAGACUGGUCCCACCUUCCCCUCAGACCUGGAGUAGGCCUGGCCAGCCCCUGUGACGAGAACAGGAAGUGCUGAUCGGCACCCUGGACUGUUGCUGUGCGGGCCCCUGCCGUGGCUGCCAACCUGUCCUGAGCUCCUGGGCCCCUAGUGACUCAGCCCAGGAGACGGUUUAAAGCCCAAAAGCCUGUGAUCCCAGAGGGAUCCUCUGCUCUCCUGACUGCCGCAUGCGGCCCACAGGGUCUCCUGCUGUACAGGGGGCUGUGUGUAAGGACCACGGAAGGGACCCCUCCCCCAGCCACCAUCACAGUGGCUUGGGAGCUCCCUCGGCCUGAGGCGGUGCGCAGGCGCUGCUUCCCACCCCCAAGAGGUCAGGCCUGUGGGCAGCCGCAGGCUUGGCUGUCCCCGCUCCCUCUCCAGUACGAACGGUGGCUCCCUUUGAGCCAGGCUGUGGGCGCUGUGGAGUGAGAUGGGGCACCAUUCUCACGGAAGGAGGGGUGGGUUUCCGGCCACCUCGCCAGCUCUUCCGUGCUCCCACCCCUGUCACAAGCACGCAUGCGUCUGCUGGGCCAGCCUUCGUGGAAACCCAGGUGACUAGUGAACUCUGCAUUUUCAAUGUGCCUUCUGCUUCAGGACCUGGGGGUCCUUCCUGACCCUCCCUGGCGUGCCCCCAGCCCUGGGCCUGGCCCACCUGUCCUGGAGCCCAGAGCAGCUUGACCUGGAGCUGCCUGUCUGGGGUGGGGUCUCAGGUCCCCAACACCCCCCCCUUUGAUUUCAGUGCCUUGCUCAGCCCACAUUUGGGAACCUUCAUAGCUUCCUGCACCGCGCGGUGUUCAUUCCUUGGACAGAGUGACCGCACUGGCUCUCCUGGGGCCCCUGGUGGUCUCGGAAGGAGAGGGAGGAAGACCUGGGAUAUGUAGGAACUGGGGAGUCCAUGCCCCCCGCCACGGCCUCCGUAGCUUGGGAGAGCCCGGGGCUGUGUGUGAUUGGCCGUGGUCUGCGUUCUCACUCUUGUCAUGCAUCUUAGUCCGUCCCCAAGUAUUGUGAUUUUCCAUCCAUGUGAAAACAAGACCACCAUUCCGCAUCUGCCAUGGCGGCUUCUUCCUGGGAGGCCCCAGCCCCCGGGGGGCAGAGCGGGGAGGGCUCCCGGGGGGUGGGGAAGGGCAGGCACUCAGUGGCCCUCCCUGGAGCUGCCCCGCUGCUGGCGAGAAACACAAAACAUCCGUACGUAGCCCUCCCCAGUUACAUCCCCUCUUGCUUAAGGGCAAAGCAAAUUAAGUCAUUCUGCCACCCCAGGCUCCAAACCAAAUAUUGGACGUGAAUUUAUUAGCAUUAUAAAGCCCAGGUUGAUUUAUAGGACAGUCUGGAGGAACACAGCAGUACAGUCGGGUGCCCCGCCUCCAGCCCGGCAGCCCCAGGCCUGGAGGGACCGAAUCCGCCGUGGGUGGCCACGUCCCUGACGGUGAGCCCGGGUGCUCGCCAUGGCUGCUGUCUGGGCUCCUUUGCUCCUCGGCGUUCACCCGCUGUCUGACCACCUGGAGGUCAGAUGAGGUCGUCUUCCUCCCUCUGGGUGAGGGAGAGGACCCCAGCAGCAGACAGAGCCCGGUGAUGCCUGUUCACGCGCGGCUGCAAGUGCUUCCUUUGGGGUGGUCAGGUGGGCGAGUCGGGUCGUGACCUCCAUUUUACAGCUGGGCCCCCCGGGUCAGUGGCACAGAGGGCCAGGAGGCCACAGAGGAGGCGGGGGAGCAGCGCAUACACUCUACAGCCUCCACCUGGUGCCUUUCAUCCAGACUGGCCCCAAGGGCAGGCGAGGCCAAGGCGGGAGUCCGUGUUCCUUUGGGCCUUGGCACCAGUGGCUCCUGCCUGUUCCCUCACCUGAGGCCAGAGAGGCGGCCGCCGGCUCAUGGACGGGGCAGAUGGCCGGUGACAGGCUGGGAGGCACUGCUGCGUGGUGGAAGGUGGGCCGCGGGCACCUUGCCAGGCCCUUAGUGACACAGCUGUUCUCGCCACAUGGGGGCCCGGAGCAGCCUCAGCAAUGGGCAGACUGAGGUCGGAGUGUUGGAGCGGGGGGGGGCGGGGGGGGGGCUGCACCCCGGCUCCCGGGAAUCCAGCCCUGGGGUGGAGCCUGGCAGGACCAGGCCCUGGGGCUGUGUGACCGCGCUUGUCGUGCUUGUCCCCACCUGUCCUCCACCUGGCGUCGGAUUCCCGGGAAGGGCUGACCCCGGGUGGGCCGUGCUAACAGCCACUGCAAAGCUGCUCUUCUGAAGCCGAGACCCAGGACUGCAGGAGCGAGCUUUGCAAACCUUCUCCCCCGGCCCGGGGCUGGGGCUCAUGGUGUCUGUGGGACAAAGGGAGAAGAGCUUCCCGAGGGCCUGGUGUGUGCCAGGCACAGUGCUGGGUGCUUUCCGCGUGAACCUUGGUGUAAUUCGGGGAUUGAGAACGUGGAUCAAGAAGCUGGAGCUGCCGCUUGCAGGGCCGAGCCUCCAUGCCCCUCCCCGCCCUGUGUGAUGGGGGGUGGAGGGGACAGGACCUGCCGCAUUGACCAGUUGUGGGAACUGAAGUGCUCAAUAAAGUGCUCGACAAAGCUCUUA